AUGCGCGCUAAUCAACCCGUCACGGUUGCCGACCAUGUUGAUUGGGCUGAACAACGUUUGACACAAUCCAAAGUUCACUCCAGUCACGGAUGCACCAGUCUACGCGAUGAGUCAAUCUGGGCGACAUUGCACGUAGCAAAUCUGAUUGAUCAGGAAUAUGAAGAUGUUCAUGAUCAAAACUUGUCUGAAAUUGAGAGUUCAGCACUUCGCGAACUCGUAGAACGCAGAAUCGAAACUCGCAAACCGCUUGCCUAUCUGAUUCGAGAAUCCUGGUUUGCUGGCUAUGCAUUCUAUAUCGAUGAAAGGGCAAUCGUGCCCCGGUCUCACAUUGGAGACUUGAUUCAAGAUGGCUUUGGCCCGUGGGUAAAUCCUGCCCAAAUUCACCGUAUUUUGGAUCUGUGCACUGGAAGCGGCUGUAUUGCUGUCUCUCUUGCGUUGUGUUUUCCGAAAGCUUCGAUAGACGCUUCGGAUAUUGACGCUGAUGCACUUGAGGUAGCGCGAAUCAAUAUCGAACGCUUCCAAUGCAAUGAGCAAGUUCGGGUAGUUCAAAGUGAUCUCUAUGACAACCUUGCAACUCAGCAAUAUGACUUGAUUGUCAGCAAUCCACCCUAUAUCGACAGCUCAUGGAUAGAUAGUCUCCCAAAAGAGUAUCAGCAUGAACCACGCCACGCAUUUGAAGCGGGUGAAGACGGACUGGACUUUGCACAGCGAAUACUUUCGCAAUCCAGAAAUCACCUUACUGACCAUGGAUUUCUACUGAUGGAACUUGGAAACUCUGCGGAUGAGCUUGAAGCGCAGUUUCCGAAUGUUCCGUUUCUCUGGCUGACUUCGAGAAGCGGCGAGUCGGUGGUGCUGCUGAUUAGUGCCGAAGAACUAAAAAUGUACGAAUCGGAGUUCGCAUUGCCAUAG